AUGACUCGAUUCAGCACCACGGUAGAAGAUGUUCAGAACAUCCCGCAAGGCGGUGUUAGGCUACUCUUACGUAGAGAGAAUGCUGGAGAAACAGACACUUGGUAUGAGGAGGAUUUCGAUCAUCUUGUCGUCGCGACGGGCCACAACAGUGUCCCCCGCGUGCCCAAGAUACCCGGCCUCGAGGCCUGGAACGGAAGCCUGCAACAUGCCUCCACAUGGCGAUCGGCACAAGAGUUCAAGGGCAAGAAAAUCUUAGUGGUCGGUACCAGUGAGAGUGCCAUCGAUCUCGUUCUUCAGUCUCUUCCUCAUGCCAAGGGCGAUAUUCAUGUGUCUCAAAGAAAACCGCACCCCCGGUAUCCUAACGUGUUUGAUCGGCCUGGCGUCAAACUCGUGACCACGAUUGACCAUUUUACCGAAGACUCUAUUCAUCUAGAUGACGGUUCUGUCUUGGGAGGCAUCGAUGUGGUAGUUUUUGCGACGGGGUACUUCUACACGUACCCCUUCCUCUCGAAUGUCCGCCCACCUGUAUCCUGCAGGAGUUUAGUCUGUCCUGAGAGAGAAAAACAAGUAGGGUCGCCAAUGCGUCCAAAUUUAACCUGCAAAGCAACAACAAAGGGAAACUGGAGCUAUUUCUUAAUCCGAUGGGGUUCAAUCAACUAG